CUUUGCUAUUCAAACCAUGAGUUGACCUUUUUUAACUAGUUUUUUACAACAUGAAUUUUUAAUUUAAGAUUAUUAUGAGAUUCCUGUGUCUUAUAUGAAACCAAUAUCAUAGGUCCACUCUCAUCGCAAACAAACCAAUUCUGCGAAACAAAAAGUGUCGAUAAUUUACGUGAAAUACAAACAAAUACUUGUGAAACAAAUACUAUGAAAAGCAUUAACUCGACGGUCGCCUCGAAUUUCGAAAAGACCUCUGAUUUCUUCAAACAUCAGCUCUCGAGCUGUUCGUCCAAUAUAUCAAAUAAAACACAACUUUUUAAUCAGUCGUCUGGAAGUCGAAAAGGAAGUCUUGAUUUUGAGAGGUCUUCGCGACAUAACUUGGGAUCACAAGAAAACUGCGAGUCGUUGCCAAUCGUGUGCACCACUCCUACGGAGAGUGAUAAUGAGGACACAUCAUCAGUGAUGUCGGGAUCAGCUCUGCAGAAGUCGUCCAAAUACGAGCACCACCUCAAGAGCGAGGCCUCGAAGAUUAAAGUGUUGAGCGAUGGCUUCACAGCCCAGAAGACAACCGCCAGUAAUCAAGAGUUACGGCGUCUGCAGUCAAACGACACGUCCAUCGAAGAGCGCAGUUCGGUGUCAGCGCUGAAGUCCAAACUCGAGGGCAACGGCUUCACGGCGUCGAAGGUGGCGGCCAUACGUCAGGACCAGAAGCAGAUGCAAUACGGAGACACAAUGCACUCACACCAGAGUACAGCCAAAGCCUCGUCACUCAACUUCUGCAGCGACGACGCCGUGUCUCAUAAGAAGACGUUUGAGAGUCAGAAAGAGGAGCGAAUGGUUUCGCACGGAAUGAUACAAAACGCCAAAAAUCUGACCUCUCGCUCGUCGUCCAGAUUUGUGUCCAAUAAGGCCUCCAAUAGCUUACAGUAUGUCAAUCACAACGAAAUCGAUUCCUCGACGGCACAGCCUAUCAUACAGGAGCCCUUCUCGCCGACAAUCCUAUCCUUGACGAAUGAGGUGGACAUGGAGUUUGACUUCUUGAGUAACUUCACGACCGCCACAAAUAGCAUCGGAUUUAACAGCAGUUUUAGUAAUAAUAUUAAUUACGAGAAUAACGUGGAGUCGCGUAAUAUGAAGGGAUCGAUGGAUAAGUUGGAGAGAAAAAUGUCAAAUUUGGUCGAAAAGUUCAAUUCGGCGACUGAUUCUGUGGAGAUAUUAACUGUCAUGACAGAUAUGAUACGUAAGGCCUGGUCUGUGCCGCAGUGCGGCUAUGACUUGGGAUUCAACAUGUCUAAGAUCAUUAGAGAUGGCGGCGCUCUGGAGGUACUCAUCAAGAAUUGCGGACCAGAAGUCCAAUGGGAGAUCCAAUUCCUAAGCGCACAACUGUUAGAGCAGUGCCUGACCUCAGAGAAUAGGGAUUAUGUGGUCGAUAUGGGGCUGUCAGAUGUGGUGAACAUUGCGAACAAAUGUGUGGACAUGGGUUCGGCCGAUGAGGCACAGGUUGGCACCGGACUUCUGGAGCAUCUGUUUAAGCACUCGGAGGACGUCUGCAAAGAAGUGAUUCGUUUGGAAGGAUUGGAUUCCAUAUUAUUUGAGUGCCGGAGUACAGACAUUACCACUUUAAGACACUGCGCCUCAGCGCUGGCCAACCUGUCCCUCUAUGGCGGACCGGACAGCCAGGUGUCGAUGAUUCAACUGAAGGCACACGUCUGGCUGUUCCCUCUGGCCUUCCAUAACGACGAUAACGUCAAAUACUACGCCUGUUUGGCGAUCGCUGUGUUAGUGGCAAACAAGGAGGUGGAGGCGGAUGUGCUGAAGUCGGGAACUCUUAAUUUAGUCGAACCAUUCAUAUCGAGUCACAAUCCAAAAGACUUUGCGCGCAGCCAUACGUCCCAUAUUCACGGCCAGUCCAAGAACUGGCUUUUGAAGUUAGUGCCGGUGCUCAACAGCAAUAGGGAAGAGGCCAGAAGUUUGGCGGCCUUUCACUUCGCAAUGGAGGCCUGGAUCAAGAAAACUCAAGACAAGGUAUCCGUAUUUCGUGAGAUUGGAUGCAUCGACGCCCUGAAGACAGUCGCCGGCUCUCCCAAUGCUAUCGCUUCCAAAUACGCGGCCCAAGCGUUAGGUCUUAUUGGGGAAGAGAUUCCGCACAAACUGUCACAACAGGUGCCCCUUUGGACCAUCGAAGACGUCAAGGAAUGGGUCAAACAGAUAGGGUUUUGUCAAUUCGUGAACGAAUUCACGAGUAGUCGUGUGGACGGCGACCUCUUAAUGCAAUUGACUGAAGACAUGCUGAGAGAAGACAUCGGAAUUAAAAACGGAAUUCUGAGGAAACGAUUUCUGCGGGAAUUGGAGAAACUGAAGCGAAUCAGCGAUUAUUCUUCAUGUGAUGCCACGAAUCUCAAUAAUCUUCUCAACACAUUGGGCCCCGAGUUCUCCAAAUACACGUAUUCUAUGAUUCAGAGCGGAGUCGACCACAACUCGCUUCGUUUGGUCGAUGAAGAGGUGCUGAAGAAUGAGUGCAAAGUUAAUAAUAGUAUACACAGACUGAAGAUAAUGCAAACAAUUAGAGGCAUUAAUGAUAUUUUUCCGGGAAUUGAAGAGAAUCGUGAGGAGAGUGAAAAUUUGGACGUUUUUGUAAGUUAUAGGCGCUCGAAUGGGUCUCAAUUAGCCAGUCUACUUAAAGUACAUUUACAACUGCGAGGAUUCUCUGUAUUCAUUGACGUCGAGAGACUCGAAGCCGGAAAGUUUGACAACAAUUUGUUGAGUUCUAUACGUCAGGCAAAGUACUUCCUAUUAGUCUUAACACCGAACUCAUUGGACAGAUGUCUCGAUGAUGUCGAGUGCAAGGAUUGGGUCCAUAGAGAAGUGGUUGAGGCCCUCCAGAGUAAGUGUAACAUAAUUCCAAUUCUGGACACUUUUCAAUGGCCUGAGAGUGAAUCCCUUCCCGAAGACAUGCGCGCCAUUUGCUACUUCAAUGGCGUCAGGUGGAUCCACGACUACCAGGACGCGUGUGUCGACAAAUUGGAGCGAUUCAUGAGAGGGGAGAUCAAUAAACUGGAGAUCAAUGCACAGCUGCCGACAUCGCGACUGUUCCUGACGGGAGGGCCGGGCACUCCCAGCACGCCAUCCAUCACCAACAUGAAGGCGCCGUUAUAUCAACGCUCCGGUAGUAACGACAGCGGAAAGAGUAGCGAACAGAAUUGAGAGCACA